AUGAAGUCUGCUCUCAUCCUCGGCUUGGUGGGCACUGCCCUUGGUGCCGCAAUCCCAGACGACGUUCCAACUCGGACUUUGGUGCUCCCAGGCUUCCCAAACGGUGGCAAUCCAUUCCCAACCCGCGACGCAAAUGAGAAGCGUGGUGAUAUCGAGCUUGGCGGUCCUACUCCUGACCCAGAUAAGGUCCAGAUUGUUGGCGUCACCUAUGGCGGUACUGGCUGCCCUUCCAACACCGUCAGCCACGUCCUCUCCGAUGACCGACAAGUUAUGACUCUCAUCUUCGAUGAAUAUGUUGCGUCCAUUGGCCCUGAGGUUCCCAUCACCCAGAACCGUAAGAACUGCCAGCUCAACAUCAACCUUCGCUACCCAGGUGGUUUCCAAUUCUCGAUUUUCUCCGCCGAUUACCGUGGAUAUGCCAACCUUGAGAAGGGCAUCACGGGUACCCAGAAGAGUACCUACUACUUCUCCGGCCAGACUCAACAGACCAAUACCCAGACCCAGUGGAAGGGUCCAUUCAGCGGCGACUUCCUCCUGCACGAUGAGGCCGAGAACACCUCCACCGUGUGGUCUCCUUGCGGUGCUAACGGCGCUCUUAACAUCAACUCCCAGAUCCGCCUGACCAGCUCUGACCGCAAUGCUCAGGGUAUCAUGACCAACGACUCCCUUGACGCCAGCUUCAAGCAAAUUGUCCACUUCCGCUGGAGAGAGUGCACCGAAUAAGCUAACUCAACGGAACGGGGAAUCAACCGAUGUUCCUCCGCGCUCGUGGCUAGUUGAGCUUAUUUUUAGUUGAGAUUGCCUUGAUAGAGAAGAUGUUAACGGAGAGUGUAUCGUCGGCUGAUGAGUGACGGUGAUAAGGACGUGACUGAUUUCCUGCGGUGAUCUCCUUUUCCUUUUGUAACUUAUCUUUCGAUGUAUCUACUCUAUGUACCCCAUAUCAGGUAUGCCGGUCACCAUUCCUGUGAUUACCGCAUACCAGUUCAAUUCUCAGUACAUAUUCGAAACACCCA